GUUGUUUAUUUUCUUUCAGGACCAUCAUCAGCCAUCAUACUUCCUCCAUAGUAAUGAUUUUAUGGCAAUGGGUAUAUGCGAAAUUCAUCCGAUUGGAAAACACACGAAGAAUCGGCCUUUUUAACGGUGGACUGGUCAACUGAUACGCCUCGAAGGGCAUUCACCUCUUAAGGUCGAACCGACAAGGAUGGCCUCUCGUCGAGCCCUCUUGCUGGUAUUGUUUACAGCUUUGGGAAGCUGGAGCAAGUUGACAUGGGGAAACACGAAAUUCUUGUUCGCAUUUGGGGACUCGUACACAACAGUCGGAUUCAAUAUUUCUGCGGGUGUUGACUCUCCAGUCCCGGGUUUCACCUCUUCAAAUGGGCCAAACUGGGUGCAAGCACUAGGUGGACGAUAUAAUGUCACGAACACCCGAGUCUUUGAUCUCGCCUCUGGAGGUGCUACAAUUGACGCUGCCUUGGUUCCACCGUUUCUUCCAACUGUCUUGUCAAUCGUGGACCAAGUGAAUCAGUUUCAAGGCAUUCUCGCCCCUCAACCUCAGGGUGCUCGUUGGGAAAGCUCGAACAGUCUCUUCGCUUUUUGGAUCGGGAUUAAUGACAUCGGAAACUCGUUCUCGUGGAACAACAUCACUCAUGUCGAGUUCUAUCGCACCAUUUUGAAGCGCUUGGAUACUCAGCUCGAGCUACUCUACACGAGUGGCGCACGGUCAUUCUUGUUCUUGACCGUCCCGCCAACAAACAGAUCCCCUCUCUUCCUCGAUCAAGGACCGGAUGUUGCUCACCGCAUGAAGAAUCUCAUUACAGCAUAUAAUAACGAACUCACACAAUCAGUGAAUACAUUUCAAAAGAUCCACAGAGAUUUGGACCAGGUAACAAUCUUCGACACACAAGGCAUCUUCAAUGCCCUGUUAGACAACGCGAAGACGCUAGGGUUCGUUAACGCCACUGGAUAUUGCGAAGCCUACGAGAAUGGCACCAACGGAACCACAACCCAGGUCAAGGGGUGUGCCCCCGUAUCAAGCUAUUUCUGGCUAAAUUCGCUUCAUCCCAUGUUUACGGUCCACGACAUUCUCGCACACGCUCUAUCAACCUCUCUGAGUAGUUAGCCGCGAUGCCUGAAAUACCUAUUUCUCAGUCACCCUCGUUUCUUUCCCCUUUCUUGUUCUACGCCCAGCUCUCAGAUAACGCCUGUACGUUACGCGAUGGGCAAAUGCAGAAAAUCAUUCUAUCAUGCCAUUCACUUUUUUCUCUUCACGCUCGAUCCUGGGAAACGCUCUGUCGUGGCCUUUCGGGACAUCUUCAAAACUGAACUUCUCUUCUCCCUCGGGAAGAUUUAUCACUGGGUACGGCUCGAGGGAGGGAAAAGAAGUAGGCGGAAUUUUCUCGCACUUUCGGUGACACAGGCACAAAAAUAGCCAGUCAGAAGUGGUAAGUAUUGGUACACGCUCAUUCACAUAUAAAUGCAG